AUGAGAUUUUUGAUCUUCUAUGCAACCUCUCUGGUGAUGGGAAACGAGAUGGUUAGAAUUGCACCAAAGAGUCAUCCAGACUCUCUUGUGGCUAUUGUGAAGGCUGGGGAAAAAGAUACUGUUAGAGUAGUCAGCACCAAGGAAAAUAGAAAGAUAGGGAAAUCCCAAGAAGGGGUCUUUGAAAUCAACAAGGGAAUGACGGAAAUUCUACAGGGAAAAACCAAGCUCUGUAAGGACGAAAAGAGGGAUGACAUCAAAGUUUGUACCGGAAACGACGAGGUCUACUCCAAAUGGAGUCUAGUUUCUGAAAAUGGCAGUGUUAGGUUCAAGACAGAAAACGACGUCUGUCUAGAAGUUGAAGACAAGAAAACUCCUGAAGGUAUAAAGUUAGUAGGUAAAAGAUGCAAAUUGAAUUCGCCAAGCCAGCUUUUUGACCUGAAGUUCGUUGAAGAAGAAAGCCAGGACUCUAACGAAAUUGAGUUCGACAAGAGCUCGCAGAAAGACCUGCCCUUGGAGGAAUUACUUCCGUUCCUGCUUAAACAGUCUCAGAGCAGAGCUCCUGCAACAAAGCAACGCAUAAUUCUAUAUGAUGGCGAAGGCAAAAAGAUAGUCUCAUUCAAAGGGUCGGUAAGCCCGCUUCUUAUUGCCAGUCUAAGUUCUGGUAUUCUGCCACAUUCCAGUACAACGCCAACACCUUACUCUGCAUACAGGCCAUUGACAGGAACAGAUGCAGGAGAAGAUGUUGCAGUUACACCGAACUAUGCAGACUAUGUAAAAUAUUACUAA